AUGGGCUCGGGCCGUCAGGCCGCUCCCAAGCUCAGCUUCAAGCUUUGCAGUCGAAGCAGUUCCGUCCUGACGGCUCUUUGGUGUGGGGAAGAAAGUCCAAAGAGUGCCACCUUGUGGCCAAGAGCGGCGAAAGUGUUGUUGGGGUCCUAUAGACCUUGGCUGGUGCAGGAAUGGGUGGCAUUUCUGGUGGUGCUGUCCAUCUUUGGAAUUCAGUCUCAGGCAGAAGAGGUUUUUAACAUCAUCGCCCCGGGCACCAAUGGCAACAACGUCCAGGAGACGGUGAGCAUCGACAACCAGAAGAACACUGCCACCGUCAACAUCCAUGCGGGGUCCUGCUCUUCGACCACCAUUUUUGACUAUAAGCAUGGUUACAUCGCAUCCCGAGUGCUCUCCCGAAGAGCCUGCUACAUCCUCAAGAUGGACCACAAAGCCAUCCCGGCUCUGGACAAACUCCAACGGUACAUCUACGAGACACAGACAAUGAAAACCAUGGACUCCACAGAGUACACCUGGGUCAAGUACAACCCUUUGAAGUCUCUGCUCAUGAAGGCGGAUUGGCUCCUGUUUGGGUCGCCUAUUGAGAAUCUGUGCAAACACGUCCCCCUGUAUGAGGGGGAGGUGGUUACAAAGUCACCCAAAGAGGUAGCCACUGGAGCCUGUGCUAAAGUUGGCCUCCUGGGGUUCCUGGGCUUCUCCAUCUGCGCGGGAACUCACAUCUAAGGUGGUCCCUCAGUUGACUUCAUCUUUCCAAAGAAAUACACCUUUGGUUUCCACUCAGAAGCCAAACUAGAUUCUUCCCAGCAUUCCAUCUGCUUAUGAGAUUCAAUAACGACAUAUAAAUGAUACAUUUACAGACA